UCUCCAACAGAAUCCCUAAAACUUCAUCCUCUAAAAUACUAUUACAGCAUCCCCUAUCACUAUUGCAGCAUCCCUCAUUCCCUUCAUCUCCAACAGAAUCUCCUUUAUUUCAUCCUCUAUCUUCUCUUUCCUAUUUUGGUGUGUACUGAGCAUCGUGAUGACAUAUACUGAGCAUCCCGUUGCACUGGUUUGUUGCAACGUAAAUAUUAGGGUCUUGCAGUAGAAGGAAUCGUGUGGAAGAAGGCUGACGGAAGCUUGCGGGCGAAGGCGCCGAGAAAGUGGCUUGCAAGGGAAGGAGCACAAGUGGCUUCUGUUGGAAGGUUCGGCCGGGCACUAUAUAUAGGUGCAAGAGGGGCUCUCAUUUGCAAGCCACGAAAUGGAGCCGCGUGCUGCAUGGAAGCAGUACAUGAGAGAGUUAUGCUUCUCCACCGAGGAGUCCGAUGAGGAAGAUGAGUUGGUCCUAGCGACGCUUGCCGCAUGGCAUGCCGACGUCGAAGCGUCGCGCAGAGGGCCGUGGGGAGGCUCCGUCCCCGGGCACCGGCGCAUCCGUAGGAAUCGUCAGGAGGGACACAAUCAAUUGUACAACGACUACUUUGCUGAGUCCGCAGUGUACCCCGACUACAUCUUUCGGCGCAGGUAACACUAUUCUAUUUUUUACGAACGGACGAGAUAUGAACUAGUUCUGAUCCAUCGCCGUGCAGGUUCCGGAUGAAUCGCGAUUUGUACUGCAAGAUUGUGAGGGAGGUGAAGGAACAUGACCCGUGGUUCAAGCAAAGGAGGAACGCUGCCGGAGAGCUUGGGCUGUCACCCUUGCAAAAAGUAACUGCCGCUUUCCGUAUGUUAGCUUACGAUGCUCCUGCAGAUUCUCUCGACGAGUGCCUCCGGCUAGGGGAGAGCACCAUCAUCGAGAGCAUGCGGCGUUUCGUUCGGGCCAUUGUCGAGGUGUUCGGUGACGAGUACCUCCGGGGGCCGACCGAGGAGGACACUGCUCGAUUGCUGGAUAUGAACCAGCGUCGAGGGUUCCCCGGGAUGCUUGGAAGCAUCGAUUGCAUGCACUGGAGGUGGAAGAACUGUCCCACGGCGUGGUCCGGUUCGUUCAGGGGCCAUGUCAAUGCACCGACUAUCAUUCUAGAGGCUGUGGCAUCGCAGGACCUAUGGAUUUGGCAUGCCUUCUUCGGGAUGCCAGGUUCAUUGAACGACAUCAAUGUGCUGCACCGGUCUCAUCUCCUUGACAACCUUGCUGGGGGAGUAGCACCGAAGGUACAAUACACUAUUAAUGGCCACCAUUAUACAAUGGGGUACUAUCUUGCAGAUGGGAUCUACCCAGAGUGGGCGACAUUUGUGAAACCCAUACCAUCUCCAGUAGGCUCGAAGCAUCAACACUUCGUGGUGCAGCAGGCGGCUGCACGAAAGGAUGUUGAGCGGGCAUUUGGAGUGUUGCAGUCCAGGUUUCCCAUUGUCCGUGGCGCGGCGAGGUUGUGGGAUCAAGAAAUCCUCAGCGACGUAAUGACCGCGUGUAUCAUCAUGCAUAACAUGAUAAUCGAGGAUGAGAGAACGGAAGGUGCUGUCGACUACAUCUACGAGGGUUCGGGCGAGGACGCGGUGCCGUCUCACGAACCAACCCCCCCCCCCCCCCCGCUUGAAGCAUUUAUGGAAAGGUACGGGCAAAUUAGAAGUCGACCAACACAUCAUCAACUCCGUGACGACAUUGUGGAGCACCUGUGGCAGGUCGCAGGAGGACAAUAGACCUCAUGCCACCUUAAAUAAAUGUAAUAUCGUAUCCUGUU